ACUUUAAUUAAAUUUCCUUUUAAGCUUUUCCGAUUCGAUUUCGAAUUACGGAAGAGUUUCCUUUUCUGGCACCGCCGCAAUUAUCUCCGGCAGAGGAAACAAAAAAAAAACCCUAGAAAUUGAGAUUGUUCGACGAUAAAGGGAGAGGCUUACGUAUCGAAUUUGAUUUCUUUUCUUCUUAUCCCAUUCCAGAUUCAAAACUAUAAACCCUAACCCCUAAAAUCCGCGUUCGAUUGCUUUACUGUUUUGUCGGAAGCCUAUCAGUUUCCUUGUCUUCUUUGCUUCUUCCUGUCUUAUUGGAACAACACAUAUAGCUAUAUAUAUAUAUAUACACACACUCUUGUGAGUAGAAUGAGUAGGCUUUCUUUCCGUCCACGGCCAUUAGACAUUCACAAGAAGCUUCCCAUUUUAAAAUCUCUUAAAGACUUUGAAGACGACGACACAACACCAACUUCCGCCACCAGAAACUCUCAGCUCCUGCGUAUUGCUUCCUCUUCUGUAGAUGUUGACAAUGAGCAGGUGCAUCCAGUGGUGCCAAGCAAGAAACUUGCUUCAGAGAUACCAACGCCUCAGUUUGUUGUUGUGGAUACUUAUGAAAGGGAUUAUUUAGCUACUUUUGGUCACCCUGCUUCUUAUCUACGUGCUAGAGGAGCUCGGUCUGAGCUUGGAGAGUUUGUGGAGUAUGAUCUUGACAAUGAGGAUGAUGACUGGCUUUAUGAGUUUGAUAAGGAUAGCAAUCAGCUUUCACCCGAAAUGCUUGAGAGCAUUAUUUUUAAGCUAGAGGUGUUGGAUCACAAGACGCGGGAGAGAGCUGGAGUUAUUACACCUACCCUUGGUUCUCCCGUUCCUGUGCGUUUGCAGCUUGAUGCUGCUAUUGAGGCGCUGCAAUCACUUUCUAUUAAUUAUGGAGUCUUCCAGGCUGUCUUCAACUACUGGAAAGACAAGCGCAAAAGAUGGCAGAAGCCUAUCUUGAGGCGUUUGCAGCCUCCUCCACCGGUCAAUGACACCAAUCCCUACAAUGUGUUUAGGCCGAGGGAGAAAGCUCACAGACUACACACAAGAAGGAUGCAAAGGAGAGAAAAUAAUGUGCAGUCAUUUGAAAAGCUUCGACAGGUUAGACGCAAUCUUGACCAAGCGAAGACCAUUCUGGAAGCCCUCAUUAAGAGAGAAGAAAAGAAGAGGGAUGUCAUGGAUGGUGAGGUUAGCCUUCAGAGAAUGCAACUCCAAUACAGGGAUGAAACAGAGCUCUUGGAAGAGAGCUUUGCUCUGCCUGGAUUCCCACCAGCUACAACAGCAUUUUACAAAUUUGGGUCAAGCGACGAGGAGUUAAUGGACUCAGAUGACUACACCAGCACCCAUGUACGCACAAGACCAUCCGUCAUCCCCAACUCUCGUUUCACAAACUCAAACCUCAAUGCAUCUCAACCCGGAGGCAUAAAACAAGAAGUUAGGAGACGGCACUCGCAUCACAACUGGCUUCACAAACUGGAUCCUAAUGAACCGGUGAUGCUGUUCACAAAACCGCUGGUUCCUGAGAAACUGGCAGCUGCAGGGAUCGUUCCUCCAGCACCUGAUACAUCCUCCGGUCACCCUCAAAGCCGGUUUCAGGGGAGGAUGGGGCGUGGCGGCAGGAUAAUAUUCGAUAGAUGGAAUCCUUUGAUGCAAUCUCACAUUAACUGUGGAAACUCUUUCUACAUUGCACCAAAUCAUUGAUCUACCAGAAAAAAAAAAAAACAUUUUCACAAUCUUUCUUUGUAAAGAAGUGUACGCAAGAACUAUCAGUUAAAAGAUUUUGCAAUUUGUAACUCAA